UUGAGGGAGCGUGCAAUUGGCAUGCUGACUGCAGGAAUGUCCACCAGAGCUGUUGCCAGAGAAUUGAAUGUUAAUUUCUUUACCAUGAGCUGCCUCGAGUCUUUUUACAGAAUUUGGCAGUGUGUCCAACCAGCCUCGCAACCACGGAUCACAUGUAUGGCGUUGUGUGGACGAGCAGUUUGCUGUUGUCAAUGUUGUGAAUAGAGUGCCCCAUGGUGGCGGUGGGGUUAUGGUAUGGGCAGGCAUAAGCUACGAACACAAUUGCAUUUUAUCAAUGGCAAUUUGAAUGCACAGAGAUACGAGUUCCCGAGGCCCCUUGUCGUACCAUUCUUCCGUUGCGAUCACCUCCUGUUUAAGCAUGAUAAUGCACGUCCCCAUGCCGCAAGGAUCUGUACACAAUUCCCGGAAGCUGAACAUUUCCCAGUUCUUCCAUGGCCUGCAUAUUAACCAGACAUGUCACUCAUUGAGCAUGUUACGACGGCGUGUUGCAGUUCCCGCCAAUAUCCAACAACUUUGCACAGCCAUUUGAAGAGGAGUGGGACAACAUUCCACAGGUCACAACCGCCUGAUCAACUCUAUGCGAAGGAGAUGUCACGCUUCUUGAGGCAAAUGGUCACACCAGAUACUGACUGGUUUUCUGAUCCACGCCCCCAAUCCACGCCCCUACCUUUAAAAAAUAAUCAUAAUAAAUCAAGUUUAAGGUACAGAUGCAUAUCUGCAUUCCCAGUCAUGUGAAGUCCAUAGAUUAGGGCCUAAUUUAUUUAUUUCAAUAGACUGAUUUCCUUAUAUGAACUGUAACUCUUUUAAAUUCAUGUUGCAUUUUAUAUUUUUGUUCAGUAUAAUUUGAGUCCCGGAUUUAUGUUUUCUAUGUUACGGCAUAGUCUAUGAGACCAGUCUGCCAAACUAACUGGCCUGACUGGCUGAUGAAUUGCAUAGGAAUACUUGCUUUCCUAUUCGUCUUCUGGUUUGGCACAAGGGCUGCCAAUUUUUUUUAAAUGAUUAUUAUUCCAUUUUUUUGCCCUUUUUUUUUCUUCCAAUUUCGUGACUACGAUCUUGUCUCAUCGCUGCAACUCCCCAACGGUAGAGUGAGAGGGGAAGGUCGAGUCAUGCGUCCUCUGAAACAUGAUCCGCCAAACUGCAUCUCUUAACACCCGCUCGCUUAACCCGGAAGCCAGCCGCACCAAUGUGUCGGAGGCAACACCGUUCAACUGACAACCGGUGUCAGCUUGCAGGCACCCAGCCCGCCAUAAGAGGUCUCUAGAGCGCGAUGAGCCAAGUAAAGCCCCCCAGCCAAACCCUCUCAUAACCCGGGCGAUACUGGGCCAAUUGUGCGCCGCCCUAUGGGACUCCCGGUCAUGGACGGUAAUGACACAGCCUGGGAUCGAACCCCAGGUUGUAAUGAUGCAGCAACACUGCGAUUCAGUGCCUUAGACCUCUGCGCCAUUUGGGAGGCCAGGGCUGACCAUUUUUAUUGGUACCAUGUGUCUGAGCUUUUUAAAAAUUUGUAUUAUGUCCGAGCUUUUCUUAUUCGCUUUCUCAGUAGAAAAUUGCAUUGUUUCACUCCUCCACCCAAUCCCAAGUGAUAUGUCUGUGUUAGGUGCACUUGAACAGCUGUGGUCAACACCCAUCUCCACCCUCUGAGCAUGUCUCCGAGGCAGCAUAGGCUCAGGCAGCUCAGACCACUGUGUUCUAUUCACAAUUUACAGCUCAUUCUUUGCAGUCACUACUUUUCACAUUCUUCUACAGCAGAAUAAGAGACUCACCAACACUUCAAGUACCUUUUUGUUCUAUAUUACUCCACCAUCAUGUCUAGUGGAGGGCUGAAGGACAGAAAUUCUGAAACGCUGGAGGAUGUCAACGCAGUCACAAAAGAGCUCAAGUAUCUUUACUAUAAGAGGCUGCUUCCCAUAGAGAAGCAAUAUGGCUUCCAACACUUUCACUCUCCCAGCUUUGAGGAAGCCGAUUUUGACAACAAACCGAUGGUGCUGGUGAUGGGUCAAUACUCGACAGGGAAGACUACUUUUAUCAGAUAUCUCCUUGAGCAAGACUUUCCAGGUAGCCGUGUUGGUCCAGAGCCCACGACAGACAGCUUCACUGCCAUCAUGCAUGGGGAGGUAGAACAACUGAUCCCGGGCAAUGCUCUGUCAGUAGACUACAAAAAGCCCUUUCGCCACCUCAACUCUUUUGGAAAUACCUUCCUGAACAGGUUCCAGUGUGCCCUGCUGCCAAAUCAAGUCCUGGAGAGUAUCAGCAUUAUUGACACACCAGGCAUCUUAUCUUCGGCUAAGAGGAGAACGAGUCGAGGAUAUGAUUUCCCAGCAGUGCUGCGCUGGUUUGCAGAACGUGUGGACCACAUCAUCCUUCUGUUUGAUGCACAUAAACUGGAGUUCUCUGACGAGCUCACACGUGCCUUUGGGGCUCUGUGUGGCUAUGAAGACAAGCUGCGUGUGGUACUGAAUAAAGCAGACAGGGUCGACUCUCAACAGUUGAUGCGAGUGUAUGGUGCUCUCAUGUGGUCACUGGGGAAGGUGUUUCAAACACCUGAAAUACUCCGGGUUUACAUCGUCUCCCUCUGGUCACAGCCACGUCUGUUGUCUGACCACUGUCAACUGCUGGAGCUUGAGGAACAGGAUCUUUUGGCGGAUAUCCGGAACCUGCCUCGAAAUGCUGCCGUACGGAAACUUAAUGACCUAGUUAAGAGGGCACGCCUAGUUAGGGCCCAUGCACAUAUCAUUAACCAUCUCAAGCAGGAGAUGCCCACAGUUUUCUGCAAGGAGAGCAAGAAGCAGAACCUGAUCUAUAAGCUUCCUCUCAUCUUCUCCAAGAUUCAACAGCAACAGCGAGUACCAGCUGGUGACUUCCCUGACUGUGCCAAGAUGCAGGAACGGCUAAUGGGUCAAGAUUUCACUAAGUUCAAGACACUCAAGCCCAGCCUAAUGGCUUCCUUGGACAAGUUACUGUCCAAUGACAUUGCAAAGCUGAUGCCUUUACUACAUCAACAGGAUCUGAAGAAGGCUUCCCUGCCAGGGAUUCCGGAUGGAACCUUCUUAGAACCUUCUUGGUCUCUCUUUGAGCAAGUUACAAAGAGUGGAGUAAGCAGGGAAAUGCAGAAUGAUGAGUGGGUGGUGACAAAAGAUAAACACAAAUAUGAUGAGAUAUUCUACAAUCUCUGUCCAAAUGAGGGCAAACUGAGCGGUACUAAGGCCAAGGAGUGGAUGGUCAGCACCCACCUGCCAAACUCAGUACUUGGCCAUAUCUGGAGGCUUUCUGAUGUGGACUGUGAUGGCAUGCUGGAUGAUGAGGAGUUUGCCCUAGCCAUCCACCUCAUUGAGGCCAAGCUGGAGGGCAAUGGGCUCCCAGGAGAGCUGCCUGCCCACCUGGUGCCACCUUCGAAACGUUUGCAUAAAGGAUUAGCUGUUUAGCUUAGUCUGGCAGGUUGAACCUAUGAUGGGCUGGGCAAAGCAAAACUAGAGAACAUCAAAUAAUGCAGUCAAAAACACCAACACUUUUGAAUGAAGAGAAAUAAUUCAACAAAACAUUUGUUCCUAGAAAAGAUGACUAUACGGGAUAGAUUUCCAACAACUUGGUCAUGUCAGGCCACCCACUGAUUUUUCCCUGGGAAACCACAAUCCUGGCAGGAUUUUUCUUCCAAAUUAUGUACUGUCUACAAACACUAUGCAUUUAUAUUGUGGAUCCUGCCACUGGUUCACUCCAAUAGAUCGCUGGAUUGUGAAUUGGACUCAUUCUGUCAUUUCUUGAUUUAAUUAUAUGUAUAUUUGUAUUGUAUUUUAAGAAAUACAAAUCACUACCAGUGAAUUGCCACUGACAACAAUUUCAUAGAAUUGCAAGUAUCUCAAAUAAAAUAAUCAGAAAAGGGUCAGGGGUUACAAUUGUAUCAAACUAUGAUAAAGUUGUAAGAAUACAUUGUUUUGUCAUUGACUAAUUCUAGAGAUUGUAUGGGGACAGAUUUCAAAUAUUUGUUUUUGUGUAUGUAAAAUUGACGAGAGAGAAUUAAGAAAUGAACAACUAAUUCAGUAGUUUGUUUUAAUUUGAAUAAUAUAUUACACCUUUCAUUGUAAAUACAUGGAUCUUAUUAAUGAGAUAACACAUGUAAUUACUUAACACGUGCCAAAAUAACUUCACAGAGUCGCACUCAUAAAACGUGUAGUUUCCCCUUUUUUUAAAUCACAAAACAUGCUAGUAAAAGUUAUUACAAUGGUAUAGUUUGUGCAAUAUUUUAAAGUUAAUUUGUUUUACUUCAUUUGAAAUACAACAUUUGUGAGGGAGCAACCAAGCUUUUUUCCAUUCAAUUUCAGUAAUGUCUACAUUCCAGAAGAAUUUCCCCCAGAGAGAGCGCUUGUUCUUGGAAUGUAAACGUUCCCUUAAUACAUUUCUUAUCCAGCUGGGGGCAACCAUACAACAUAAAUUGUGCCUCUAUCUUGACAUGUUCUACAAAACACAUUAGAUUUAAUGAAUUGAGUAAAUCCUGAAGGUAUUGCUUUUCAUUUAGAAUUAAAUUAUUUUAAUGUAAUGAGAAGUUAUGUUUCUAAGAACAUUCUAUAAGAGAGUAUAUUCCCUUUAUCAAAUACAUCAAGCAAAAAUAUAAUGGUUAUUUCAAAUCACUUAGGGAAGAAUAACGACUUGUUUUUAACAAUAUCUUUGUUGAAGUGUUUUGUGGCGGGAGAAGAUGUGGCAGUUUCCAGGCUAAAAGGGCUUCGUUCUCUAAAGUCUAGUGGUCACGUGAACGCAACGAUGACGUAGUUGGAAGGUCGAAUUUCCCAACCAAACCAUUUGAUGCAAGCUUUUAGGGGUAGACAAAAUGUACUGUUUUAUAUAUUUACUUAUGU